AUGGGCGUAAGGCAUAGAUUAGCUUUAGCCUACCACUCCCAGACCAACAAGCUCACAGAGCAGUUCAAUAAAACGCUCUGUAACACUUUUGCUAAAUACACUUGUGUCUACAAAGAGUCCUGGGAUACCUUUAUACAUGCCGCUCUAUUCGCUUACCACACGGUACCCCAGGCUACCACAAAAUACACACCUUUCCAGUUGUUGUAUGGACGGGAAGCUGUAUUGCCUAUAGACCUGCAAAAAGGCAAACAAAAGGGCGACCUAGACCACCCAUACGACUUACAAGUACAAAGUCAUAUUGAUUAUAUAACGGAAAGGUUACAGCAAGUACAAAUCAAGGCUAAAGAGAAUAUUAAACUAGCCCAGAAGAAACAAAAAGAAAGAUAUGACCAGAAAGUAAAGGAUACACAGUUCUAUAUAGGAGAUAAGAAGAAAGAAAAUACUAAUGAACGAAAGGCUGUUACGAAAUAUAAGAAAAGAAGGAAAGUAGUGAUCCAAAGGCAACAAUUGGCUUGUAACCACCUUGUCGAAAAUGUUAUUGAUUACUACUUACUGGAAGAACAGACCCCUUUAAGGUUUUUACCACCUUAUACCACAAACAAUCCAUAG